ACUCCGGCUCACGUACACAACCACAACAGCGAGGAGGCAUGAUAGCGCCGCAGAAAAUGAAUGGGUCCAAAAACCGUACAUGUUGACUAAGAUUUUACCCGCAACGCCGUCAUGUUUUAAGUAAAUAACACAUAAACAACAACAACAACAACAACUCGCGGAUUCAGCCAUGGAGGGCGACAUUCUGGACUCGUUAGAGCAGCUCGGCUAUGACGGCCCCGUGCUGGAGGAGAAGGCGCUGCUCAGAGCCGCAGAGGGAGGCCUGUCCUCUCCUGAGUAUGUGGACCUGUGCAGGUGGCUGGCAUCCAGGCUGAAGCCUCUGUGUGGUCUGGAGGAGAGCAUUACUUCCGGUCCAGACGACAUUGACAGCCUUCAGGUGGAGAUGAGUGGUUUGCUGAAGGAGCUGCACUGUCCUUACAAAGAGGUCGUCUCAGGGAUUCUCAAAGGCAGCGUGCCAAAUGCAAAAGAUCAUCUCAAGUUUGUGUUGUUUCUAAGCUCCGAGCUCCAGGCGGCUCAGAUUGUGCGGAGCGGACGAGUCUCUGAUAAGCAAACAGAGGAGAGUCCGGUGUGUCAGGACCUCCUGGCAAUCUGUGAAACACUGAACCUACCGGAGCCCCGAGGACAGGACGCGGCAGGGGUUUUCUCUCAAAUCCAAGACAAGGUUGAUAAAGUACUUACAGAUCUUCCAAAUGGCUCCAUCGGAAAUCCAGUACUAAAGAAAUCUCUAUCCAGUGAACAGUGGGAGAAGUUGCACAACAUAAACACAGUUCUGUCGUCAGAGUACGAGUGUCGGCGCAGGAUGCUGAUCAAACGGCUGGACGUCACAGUUCAGUCGUUUGGGUGGUCGGACAGAGCCAAGGUAAAGGUCGACAGCAUGGCGAGGGCCUACCAGCCUAAGAGACAUUCUCUGAGGCCGCAGACCACAGUGGACAUGGCUGAGCUAUUAGCUGCCAGAGAAGACAUCUGCAACGUGGUGAAGACAAGCAGCGGCUCCAGCAGGGAGAAGACCGUUUGUGCUGUCAACAAGAUCCUGAUGGGUAGGGUUCCGGACAGAGGAGGACGUCCCUCUGAGAUACAAGCGCCACCUCCUGAGAUGCCGCCCUGGCAAAAAAGACAAGAUGGCGGAGGAGGUGGUGGCUGGGGAGGCCGUGGUGGAGGAAGAGGAGGAGGAGGUGGUUGGGGAGGAGGUGGUGAUGGAGGUUGGAGAGGUGGUGGUUGGAACCAAGGAGGACAUGGUGGACAUGGAAGUUAUGGUGGACAUGGAGGCAAGAGAGGACGGUACCAGUAUUAAUGUCCCGUUGGUUAGGAUUUUAAAAAUCUGAUCCACAUGUAGUGUUUCACAUGAACUGUUGGCAGUGAAAAAUCUUCCUAAUUUCGAUGUUUCUAGUUUUUACUUUGAGUGUAUCAUUCUUCUUUUUUAUAUUCCCAUCAGUGUUUUUUUUUUAAGUGAAAACACCAGUAUUACUGUAACAUCCAUACAAGUACUUUUUUUGUACAAAAACAAAUUAUUAUUUAACAUGUGCAUUGGGCAAUAACACUGAAACUGGGUCCCAAAUCCAUACUACAUACUAAUCCUAGGGAGGUUUGGUGUAAGUACUGUGUGUUCACACUGUGUAAGUGACACUUACAUCAUUAAUUUAACUUAUGGAGCAACAGGAAAAGAUCAAAACUAAUAGUGGAUGGUCGUCAAAUAUCUCCAGGAACCAAAAACUAAUCAAAUUCAAAUUCUGGCAAUUUUUUUUAACCUUUUUAAAGUGUGUAGAUUUCCAAUUAUAAGUGCAAAAAUAGGAUACUAUGAAGAUUAGGCUGUGGCUCAGAGGCAGAGCGGGUCGUUCCUUAAUCGGAAGGUUGUUGGUUCGAUCCCCGGCUCCUGAUGCCACAUGUCGAAGUAUCCUUGAGCAAGAUACUGAACCUUGAAUUGCUCCCGAUGCUGUGCAUCGGUGUGUGAAUGCAUUAGCUUCUGUUCGAUGGGCUGUGGUGUAAAAGCGCUUUGAGUGGUCGGAAGACUAGAAAGGCGCUAUACACAUUACCAUUUACCAUUAGUGAAUAAUUAGUGUGUUGUAUGGAACAGGGACACAGCUUUCAAAAUAGUUCAGGUAUCAGAGGGAAAUCUGACUUUUAAACACUGAAAACUGCAAAAAAGAACCUAAAUAUUGUGAAAAUGUAUGUAACUGAACUGUUGGAGGGGUGUAAGAGUGGAUUGAAGGAUGCUGAAAAGGACAUCUACAAAACUUCUAAGGCGAAUUGCAGACCAGCAAUCUCUCCCUGGCUAAAGAGACGUAAUGACUGCAACUGCUGCUACCUGUCAGAGAACAAACUGAGGACACUGUAAGAAGACUGGACUAAAACACAGGGAAGUGUGUCCGUCCUCUGCCUCUAUUAAUCUGUACUUUACAUUUCAGACUGAAAAAUAUCCUCUCGACUCAGUUUCUUGAAGAUUCUGUACCAGCUAUCAUGACUGUGAUCCCUUUUUCACCUCUGAAUUUAUUUAAUAAAGAGAUCUUCCAAUAAUGUACAAA